UCACGUGAUCAUAGAGAGCAGCUGGUGCGAGGAGCUGCACGCGGAGUUUAACAGCUGCUGUAACAGGAAGUGUGGAGCAGCCCUUCAGAAUAAGAGCGUGAUGGGGGAGCGUCAGCUGCUGGAGGAGGUUCUGUCUCUGGUUCUGCAGAGGAUCUCUGUGGAGGAGAACGUGAGGAGCAGCGAGCAAGAGUUAGUAGCAGUGGUGCGCGGGCUGGAGGCCGGACGGCAGCGCUGGCUGAACGCUGAGCUGCAGCUCCAGGAGCACGAGCUGCUUCUCAAACACACCAAGGAGCAGCUGCUGAGGAGCGAGGUGCAGCUCAAACACUCCAGGAACCAGCUGGACCUCGAGCUGAGGAAGCGCUGCAGGAUAGAGAGGGACUACCACUACCUG